AUGGCUUUCCGCGAAAUCUCUCCAGGAUACUCAGAAAACAUCUACACCAUCGAUCCGCGGAUCAUCAGCAGCAGCAACGCCAACACCCCGCCUCCACCGGACGCAUAUGUGUCCACCACCGAGAAAGAGCAGCAGAAAUCGGUUUGGGAUGAAGACAGCCAGUAUCCCGAUUUCUUCACCGUUACACCUUCAAUGGAUGCGAUCUUGGACUCGUUUUCUGCGCAAUCCGCCUUGUGGUUGGAGGCGCCGCCUACGAUCCCGUCGAGUUCACAGUUCGCCACAUUCCUGACUGAUGCUGGUGCAUUACCCAACCCCCACACGCUACGGGGCCCUUGCUAUACGCCGAGUAUGGGUGCCGAAGCAUCAACCUCCCAAUUGCCGCAACAAAGUCCCUCACCGAUGCCUUUGUCCCAAGGUACUAGCCGAACGAUGUGGCCUUUGACUGCUUCUCCCCAGCCGUCAAGUAGUUGGCAGGAACCACCACACCAUUACCUGGAACCUCCGCAACCCGUCAACACACAGUUGGCUACUCAAGAAACAACAUUGCUGGCUCGGCGCGUUGGUACGCCUCGUAUUGGGCACAAUAGUUCGCUCCGCAGAGACAGUUUGUUAUCGCCUCCUCCGUUUGUGCGCCGAUCCGCUCGCCCUAAAGCAAGGGUCAAUUACAGCUACGACCCCCUGCCUGCCGAAGCCAUAUGGGAAGAAGAAAAGUCUCAUCGAGCCUACCACAAACACUCAUCCACCUUUGACCCAUCAGCGAAGGACACGAAGAACAAGAGACUGCGGGACGCACAAUACACGCCGUCGGACGGCCCACGCGAAGUCUCCGUGUGCAGCGAAGGCGAAUGCGCAAACCCAGAAAGGAAGCCGAUGACGUUCACUCGCAAGGCUGAUCUUAUGCGGCAUAAAAGAUCGGUCCACGAUGCGAUAAAACGGUUCCGUUGUGAGGGGUGCGAGAAGCCGUUCCCCAGACAUGACGCUUUGACUCGCCAUCAGAGGUCGUGUCGGAAAUUGCGAGAAAGGCUUGAAGACUCGGAAUCCGUCGUCGGGUCAUGA